CUCUCGCCGUCAUGGCAUACCAUGUCGCAUUCCCCGGCGAAUCAUUCUCAUUGCUCAACGAAGACAAUAACCUUUCCGAAUUUCAAGACAAGGACAAGGAGGUAAUUACAGACGUACCUACGCAAUUGCAGCCGUACCCCGGGACUUCAGAUCGCCAGCUGAAGAGGGCGGGAUGGGACGAUUUCUCUGGAAAAUAUGGUCUACCGAAAGCAUUCCUUUUGAAGUUAUUUCCACAGCACAGCCUCCUAACAUGCUAUCUACCUCCUUCCUUCCAUGUCCCCAUAUUUGAAGCAUUGUGGCGAGCGGCGGAUGUGUACUUGGAUAGGGCCUGUCAGCGUCGAACGGCACCCCGAGUUCACGUUCUUGCGCUUUACUUGUCCUUGCUCAUUGCGCCCUUCCGCGGACGCAUAAUUGAUCAGCCUAAGGAACCGUUGCCUGAGACAGACGAUACCACGGGACAAGACGUUAAGCAUCAAGUCUUUGCACUCGGCAGCGCGCUGUUUAUUGUGAUUGAGGUCGAGCUUCUUGCUUUGAACGAGGAAGAGAAUGUUGCAGAUCUGUUCAUGGAAAUGCUGUCGGCGGCUACAAUAAAUCAAGAACGCAAGCUGCACGCUCGGGUACAUGGACUCAUCACCGACCAAUCAAGGUUUACCUUCUACUCCUAUGACCCUCUGCAGGAACGAUUUUUUUUUGAUGAGAAUUUCUUCACGGGUGGUCCGCGUGAACGACACCUGACUCUAAUGAUUCCCGUAUCGAACAAAAUUUUCAGUGUGCUCCUUGCAAUCUAUAUAGGGGCUCUUAAAGAUCUAGUAGCUGAGCGGCGAAUGGCGGUGGAAGAUGGCGUGCGCGAAGCACUCGCGUUCGCUCGCGAAGCUCAGACAAUACUCACCAGUCGGGCGGACGAUCUCGCUGCGCUAGAGAUGCGUGGCGCACAAGGCUUAGAGAUCACGGAAAAGAGGUUCGUUCUACACUGUCGUUUGUCCGUUUUGAAGCAGCCAGUUUAA